GAUCAAAGAUGGCGUCGCGAAGCGGGAAAAUGGUGGAUGGAACAGAUGGGACGGAUUAUCAGCACAGAGAAAGGGUUGCGGCUCAGUACCAGGUGUCUGCCAAGAAUAAGUCUAGACUGAAACUGUUUGUAUUUAUUCAUUGGUUGAUGGGUGGUAUUCAUAUACUCCGCCUUCUACCCUCAGAUAUCCUUCCCCUUCCACCCUUCCCAGCACCCACAGAGAUAGAUUACGCGUGGUUGAUCUCCCUGCCCUUUACUCUGGUAGCUGUAUCAGCUUGUAGGAAAUCUAAACCAGGAGGUCUUAAUGUUUUCCAGUUUGCCAUUCUGGGAGUUGGAAUUUGCCCUCUGUUGAUAACCUUGUUUUUCUGUAGCCCUGAUGUACUGCAAGUUAUAGUUUCCGGCAGUACAAAAGGGCUCUUCAUGUGGAACGGCUAUCCCUUCGGAUUGAUGUGGAGUAUGUUCUGCGUAUUUUGUGUUCUGGUUCAUAUAGCUGAGAUAGCUGUUGCCAGAACUCUAAUGGCGGCCUGGGCCCCCAGACACGGCAAGAAGGCGUAAUUAUCUCUUCAUGAAAACCGCUUGACUCUCAUGUUUUUAAAAUGAAGUUUUUAUUAUUAAGUAAAAAAUGAUAUUUUUUGCUAUUCUAGUAUUUGUAAAGCAAGUACGUGACUUUAAAUGCAUUAUAUUCAUUCACAUUUAUAAGUUUUUUUUACGUUUUUAUUAAAAAAUAAAUAAUGUGGUUAAAUA